UAAAAACACAACAUUGCGGCCUCGUCCUUCAGUGGGCCCGUCCGUAACACUUUGGGUCGUUGUUCGACUAAAAUUUUUUUUUCACACAUUUUUUUUGUUUGUUUUUUUUAUCUAAUUGUUUAUUUUACAUAAAAUUCAACGGAAUUAUUAACAAAAAUCAAAACUUGCACUCGAAACUCUUGGGCCCACCACGGUUCCACGGGGCCCGGAACACCAAAAUCUGGGCGGACGAGUGCCACUAAGAGUCCAAACGGAUUAAUAAAAAAAAGUUCCGUGAUAACUCAAGAAAAUUUACUUGAGCUGUAUCCCAAUUCGGUGUUAAUUGCUGAACGACGAAGUGAGCAAAAAUAUUUUGCCCACAAGGACAUGAAUUCUACAAAUCGUCAAUAGUUUUUCUCCACAGAACACAUCACCAACGGCCAAGUUUAUAACCCUGAAAACUCAAAAAAAAUGUUCUAAUAAAAUUAAUCCCUUCUUGAACAAGAAUGGGAUUUUAUCAAUCCAUAAACUAUUUAAAAAUCGUUUUCAUCUAAUUAACAAAAUAAUAUCUUAAAAAAAAUCUUUUAGUACAAGAAAUAUAAUUUUUUAAUUUUAUUUAAUAAAAAUCACAUAUUUUACUCAUUAUUACUUCAGUGGGAAGCAAAUUAGUUGUCAGCUAUAGCAUGUCGCACACUCAUUUUUUAACCAAAGAAAAUUUUCCAAGCUUCUGCAAAAAAUUAACUGAACUACAGUGGACAAUGGAAUCGGCACAUAUUGAUAAACCUGAAUGCUCUUCUCCAGCUUAUUCGUUUUUACCAACAGCACGAAAUGUACCAAAAAGUGACUGUCAUCCCAAAGAAACUUAUACAAAUUACUUCAUUGAUUUAAAUGAAGAAAAUACCCUGAUUGAGAAAUAUUUAAAACAAGAGUGUGAUACUUACAAAUUAUUUGGUGGACCUCCUAUAAAUCCACUAUUUCCAGAUGAAGGUCGUGGAUCAAGUAUUGAAGAUUCGCCAAAAACUUUUUCUUAUUUUUCAAAAAAUUGUUCUUAUUUGGAUAAAAGUAUCUGGGCUCAAGAUUCGGGUAAUGAUAGCUGGCCUGAUGCUUUUAUGCCUUUAGAUAUCAAAGAUGAAUCUUGGAAAGACCUUAAUUCAGAAAUUGUUAAGGAACCAAUGUCUUGGGCAGUUAUUCAGCGUCCAGUAAAAGAAGAUAAAUUUAAGCCUAUCAAUCAAUUAGUCGAUGCUGGUGCAGCUAUUUUUCCUGAUGGUUCUCAGUUUGAAAUAGAUUUGUCUUAUGAAGCUUUUGAUGCAAUUGAAAUUGAAGGAAAAUUAUAUAUUGGAAAAGAUGAGUUUAGACGUACAGAUGAUGGAUUAUUGUACAAAGUUUGCAAUCAAGAUAAAGGCACUCAAACAGAUAAUUGGGAUGAAAAUACAUUACUUGUAACACGUACCACCAGGCGUCAUUAUCAUUUUCCUAUUUUUCAAAAUUGGCAUGUUUCACAAAGUGGUGAGAAUCAUGAUAUACUAAAUGACUUUUUGAAUCCUAAACGUAUUCAAGAAGUGAGAGGUGAUAUGAAUGAAAAAGCACAAAUGGUUGAUAUGCUACGAUCUAUAAUUAGUAUGCAGCAUAUUUGGGACAAACCAACUGCUAUCAAUGAUAUGAACACUUAUCAAGAUCAAACUUUAUUUUUGCCAGAAAUUUGCAAUGAGUUGGCUGCUAAUUACACAAUGUAAAGCCCUUUUUUUUUUUUUUUUUUUUUUUUUUGCCAUAAUAUAGAAUUUUAAGAAAAGGUCCCAAAUAUCCUUAUUAUUUUUUAUUGCAAUCAUAUAAUAUGUAAUACUUUUCAGAUAGUAACAUUCACUGUUAAGUUUUUAAAACCUUAUAUGUAUGAAAAUAAUACCAUUUUAAAAAUUUCCAGAGUUAGAUUAUGAUAUCAAUUACUCUCUUGCAUUAUGUAUUUAUUAUUAUAAAGAAGCUGCAAGUUUAAAAUAUUAAAUUGUAUACAAUAUUUCUUUGGGGCAAAAAUUUUAAUUACUCAUUUAUAUUUUAAAAAAUAAUAUUAACAAUUUUGGUCAAUAGGUUUCAUUUUUGUUCAGUUGAAAAAUUAAAAAAGAUAACAUAAAAAGAAGCAAUUAAAAAAAAAAAAAUUUUAUGUACCUAAUAAUAAAUAUAUUUUUAUUUGUUUCUACUUUAUGAUUAUAUCUAAGCAUUAUAAUUGCUUAAGUGGGUUUUUCUUAACAUUGAUUGAUGAUGUUGUAUAUUUUUUUUUCUUUUAAAAAAAAUCAUAACUGUCAGACUUUUAAAGGUCAAUAAUACAUGUUACCAUGUUGAAAAAUAACAUUAUUUUUUAUUUUUAUUUCCUUUAAACUAUUUUUUUGUAUAUCAAAAAUAUAGGUUUGAUAAAAUUUAAAAAUUGUUCGCCUUAAGUUAUAGUAUGUGCAAUUUGUAUUAAUAAAUAACAACUAUUAAAAGUUAAACAAAAUCAUAAAAUUUUUAUUGGUUCUAUUGAUUGGUGAAUUAAAAUGCAAAUUAUUUUCGACAUGAGUUUUGAUUAAUCAAAUAUAAAUUUGUAAAAAAGCUCGCAUGAUUUUUAUAUAUUUCAUUAUACAAGUUUUCUAUCAAAAUGGCCAAUUAUAAAAUAAAUAAAUAUUUGAAUUUUUGAACAAUUGAGUAUAAACGGGUGUUGGUUGUCUGUAUCAGUUAGAGUCUAUCAAAAAGGGUCCCGAUUUUUUUUAAAUAUGGCGCCCAAAAAUAUAGUUAUGACAAUAAUUAUUAUUUUUAACUUAUUUAUACAUAUUUUAAUGGAACAGUCCGAAAAAUGUUUUCGGCCCUGAUUUUUAAUAAAAAAGCGCCUAGAUUUUAUUUAAUAAAUUUUUUUAUUUAAUAACUUGCAUAUAUUAAAAAAAUUGUAUAUCUAAAUACAUUUUCUAAUAAAAAACAAAA